UUGAGAACGUUCUCUACGUGCAGUCUCGCGCAACAAUUCGGAGACGGAAACCAUUCAGGAGAACCAAUGUUUUUAUAUUAGUUUUCCUAUCAGAAACGUAUGUAAUUGAUUGCACACUUAUUAAUACCGGUGCAAUACUUAAAUUUUUUUGGUGUUGACAAUUUGUUUGUUAUGUUACGCGGUCACUGUUAUUGCAGGCUAGUAUGUGGACACUCGGUGUUUAUAAUUUUGCUAUAAUUCUUAUGCAUAUAGGGGAGACACAAUCAUUAUAGUACAAUGAGGAUUUUUACAACACUUUUGAAAAUCAGCAACCCAAAAAUAGAAUAUUAUUCUCGGUUUUCUCCGUCACCACUCUCAAUCAAGCAAUUUUUGGAAUUUGGAAGGGACAAUGCCUGUGAGAAGACGUCCUACAUGUUCCUGCGUAAGGAGCUGCCGGUGCGACUGGCCAACACCAUGAGGGAAGUCAACCUCCUGCCUGACAACCUGCUCAGCCAGCCCUCAGUCAAACUGGUGCAGAAAUGGUAUAUGCAGAGCUUUGUGGAGCUGUUGGGGUAUGAGAACAGAAAACCAGAGGACCCUCAUGCCUUGAAUGACUUCCUGGAGCUGCUGAUUGAGAUCCGUAACCGUCACAACGACGUGGUUCCCACCAUGGCGCAGGGCGUGGUGGAGUACAAGGACAAGUUUGGAUUUGACCCCUUCAUCAGCAGCAGCAUCCAGUACUUCCUGGAUCGCUUCUACACAAACCGCAUCUCCUUCCGCAUGCUCAUCAACCAGCACACUCUUCUGUUUGGCAACGACACAAACCCUGCUCACCCUAAACACAUCGGCAGUAUUGACCCCACCUGCAAUGUGGCUGAGGUCGUAAAAGAUGCCUAUGAAACAGCAAAGAUGUUGUGCGAGCAGCAGUACCUCGACGCUCCUCAACUCAAGAUAGAGGAGUUUCACAUGAAGCAUCCAGGCCAGCCCAUCCAGGCGGUCUAUGUCCCUUCUCACCUGUUCCACAUGCUGUUUGAGCUCUUUAAGAAUUCCAUGCGGGCCACAGUUGAGCUUCAUGAGAACAGCAAGGAAGGUUUACCUCCAGUGAAGGCCAAAGUCACUCUGGGGAAAGAGGACCUCUCCAUAAAGAUCAGUGAUAGAGGAGGGGGCGUUCCUCUCAGGAAGAUUGACCGCCUGUUCAACUACAUGUACUCUACAGCCCCCACCCCCAGCUUUGAGCCCUCCAGUGCUGUUCCAAUGGCUGGUUUUGGCUACGGUCUGCCCAUCUCCAGGCUCUAUGCUCGCUACUUUCAGGGCGACCUGAAGCUGUACUCCAUGGAGGGGGUGGGGACGGAUGCUGUUAUUUACUUGAAGGCACUGUCCAGCGAGUCCUUCGAGCGCCUGCCCGUCUUCAACAAGUCGGCGUGGCGACACUACCAGACGAGCCCCGAGGCAGACGACUGGAGCAACCCAAGCAGAGAGCCACGCGACACCAGCAAGUCCAACUACAAGGCCAAAAGAUAACUCUUGCCUUCCACCUCCACCAGUAUGGAACCCAUCGCUCCCUCUCCCCUCCCUCCUGUAGGAUCAGUGUGACCUCUACACAGGCCUUGUUCCGAACUGUCCUAGGGAAACUAUCAGUCUAGUUUUGGUCGUCAGCAUCAAUGUCAGUAUCAUGCGAUGGCUAUGUCUGCCAAGCGCUUUUACUGUUUUGUUUUUUUUUUACUGUUUUGUUUGUUUUUUAAAAGGAUCCCCCCUAGGGACACCUCCGACUAACCCUGAUUGGAUGACUUCUCUGGUCAGCUGAGUUCUUCUUGGAUCUAUUUUAAUUAUGGAUUAUGGACAGUUUGAAUUUAGUUUCAAGACAUUAUAGCUUGGUUUGCACCUCUCUCUCUCUUUCUCUUCCUCUCUCUCUCUCUGUCCCCCUUUUUCCUAGCUUCACUGACCACUGCCAUCUAGCGUCUAUUUUUCACAGCUCCAUGUCUCUGCUGGAGGUAACUGCCUUUUGCGGUUCUGUCUUGAAUAAUAGGACCCCUGUUUUUGCCCCUGCAACAGCCCGAGACAGAGAAGGAGACAGAGGGCUUGUGUUUCACAUGAAAAGGAGCGUUCACUUCCCUCCUUUGGUCAUUUCUGUGAUCGGGCAAAAAAAGGAAGAAAAAAAGGUCCACCGGGCCGCUGUCAUGGUAACAGCACCUGCCUGUGUUGCUGAAGUAACUGAAGCUUUGAUAAAGGGAGAGAGAACAUACUUAGUCAUGUGUAAAAACCAUGGGAACAAAGCAGAUACACAGAUUAUGCAUUCGGACUGUUUUAUUUUCAGAAAGAUGAGAAAAAUUAAUAUAUUUAUUUUGCUAUGUUUAAAUAUGAAGCCUUCGAUAGAUUAUACAUAUUCAAAGGGAGAAGUUUAGGAUUGAAUUGUAUAUGUGUAAAUGUGAUAUAUGUGGUGAUUUGAGAAGAAAGGUUGGACUCAGUAGUAGACCACAUAAUGCUCUUUUCCUGUCAGCAAUACUACUGACCUUUUGCGGUACACUACCGCUACAACACCUACGUAACAGACACAAACCCUGCGUAGCUCCGCCCACUAUAGCGAUGUUCACUGAAGGACCAAAGGGUCGUUGUCAAGUGGCUGUAAAAGUUCAGCCUUGUCUUUCCUGUAGCUUCUAGAUCACCCCAGCAUUAAAACAUGUGUAUAAUUACCCCUUCUCGCUGAUUCUCUAUGAACCUUUGUAGAGAAUGGAUAUACUGGGAAUGCAGUAAUCAAGUUAGCUGGGUAGGGCUAUCAACAUGACACGUCUGUCAGCCAUGCAUAUCUCCAUCAAAACCAUGAAGCAAUACAUAUAUGUAUAUAUAUAUAUAUAUAUAUAUAUAUAUACCUUGCAUACAGGACCUUUGACCUUCGCUAAUACCCAUUUCUCUGUCAUAUGAGCAUUUUUUAAGCUUGAGGUUCAGUUCAAUAGCUCUUGUUUUGCUGUUAAAGGGUUUGAGAGAAUGUUAAUUUAAUAGGGUUUCUUUUGAAUACUUUUUAGGUGAAUAAUUUCAUCAUUUCCUUUCUGAGCCUUUUAAUGUUCUGGAUCUGCCUGAUGAUCAUGUUGGGGCGUGUUCCAGGACCCCCCUCUGCUGUGCUCUCGUGGUCAGAUGCAGACCAGACUGUGCGCACACUCCUGUGAAUCCUCCCUGGAAUGAGAAGGGAUUCUUUCUCUGUGUUUCUUGUUGUGAUUGCCUAGUUGAUUGACCAGUUAGAUAUGAGUCGGACAGAAGUCCUUCAAUUUCAUCUAGACUCCCACCUGUCCUUGUCUCCUACCUUCUACCAUGUUUAUUGGAGACUGACACAAAGAAUAAAUAGGAAGUAUAUAGGAGAACCUAAAAUACGUUCUAUGUCUCUCUUGAUCGCCAUCUAAUCCUAAUCUGUGUCAGCACUGCCAAGCCUUCACAGCUUGCCAACAAGCAGUAUACUUACUUCAGUAUGGCCCUGCACAGCUCCCCUAAUGUGAUCAAAAUGUUAUUUUAGCAUUGAUGUCUGGAGUUGGGUUGAACUGUGUUGUUGAAACUAGCAAGGGGCCUGAGGGCUCUGUUUCAGGACCAGUUCAGUUUCUUUUAUACGAUUCCUACACUCCUCCCUUUGUUGACAGCAACCAUAUUCAGUCAUUUGAGGUCAGUUAUGACCUCAAAGAGGAUGCAAGGCUGCACUCAAAGGGUUGGAACUGUGCACAAGUGUUUAGGGAAUCCGAGGAUUCCAAUCGUCUACAGAGAGUUUGAGGCUUUUGUUCGUUUUGUUUUGUUUACCUCUACGGUAUUGAUUGGUUAGUAUAUUGGAUAUACUUUAUUCUUUCUACAUGGAGUGACCCCUCAUGUACUCCUACUGUAUCUGCUGUUAGGACAUGUCUGAGCACUUUGUAUACAUGAGCUCCUCCUGGUACAGAGAAGUCAUGCAAAGAUAUGCAACAUCAUGUUACCGCUAUCCAAACAGUCAUUCGAAUACAAUACAUGUUGCACUCUCUUACAGUAAUGAUUAACAGGACCAGUCUGUUCAGCAUGGCAGAAAUCGUAGAAUGUGUGCCGUCAUUUAUCAAAUCCUACAAUAAAGAGAACUCCCAACGAACAAA